AUGCUCCAGGACGUCGAGGACGCCUACACGCUUUACCAGAAUUCGGUCACCAAUCUCCUCCAUCUACUAUCCAAUCCUCUCAUCCUCGCCCACACAGCUCCUCACCUCUCCGCUUAUGACCGUCUGAGCCUUGCCUCCACGAGCCGAGCAUUCCGAGAACUGAUCAACCACACCUCUGGCGUAUUCCGCCAUCUUGAUCUGAUCCACGUACGCGCGGCGCAGUUUGAAAUCGACGGCAUUGAUCGCGGUGGUGAAGUCUGGCGUAAUGUCCAACUUGAUGAGAAUCUGACCGAAGAUGAGUGCGUCCACUCGACCUUACUCCACUCGACCUCCUACCACCGUCGUUUUUACUCCGGUCCGCUGAGAGGCAUCUUCUCAGGCAUCCGCCGACAGAACAUACUCCAAGAUGUCCAAACGCUGAUCUUAGACGGCUUGUCCGUGACGGCUGAGCUCUGCCACGAAAUCAUUCUCGACCCAUCCUACAGCGUGCGACUCUUAUCCAUUCGCGGCGUCAAGAACCUGAACGAGCGCAAGCUGUGCGCAUCUCUUCAAUAUGCCUGCAGACCGUCGCGGCCAGAGGGCAUGCCCCGGCUGAAGGGUCUCUACGUUUUCGGUGCCAAGGACACUCCGCUGCCCUCAUUCGCAUCACCCGGUGUAUCCUCUGGCACCGCCUCGCACGCAGCGCAGAUCAGCGCAGGGUGGAAUGCCAAGUCGCAGCAGGCGUUGACAUCAUCUCUUCGAAGCGAGGAAGAGGACUGGUAUUAUAGGAAAGGCCGCAUCAUUGCACGUCCGCUGGUCGAGGAAUGGGCCAACACUCUGGUCGACUGCCACGGUAUCAUUGCCUUUGAUGCAGUUGCUUGCACCGGGCCUCACCAUAUGAACUCGCCUGCUUACGGCAAGGUAAGAACCCCGGCCUCAGCCCGGCAAUGGGCCGUGGCAACAGUCGCCCUGGGCGGCUGUGCCGGUUGCGGUGCUGCACCCGAAGGCAUGUCAGUUCACAGCGGGACUCCGGCGAUUCAACGUCCUCUCCUGUCCCCUCCGCCUCUCCUAGCAUCGUUAGUCAAGGCCGCAACGGCACCGCAGCUCUGCACCGGAUCGGAAACGUCUUUCGUCGCUCGAUGCAUCGACUGCCUGCGAGAGAGAUACUGCGCGGGCUGCAACAAGUGGUGGUGCGAGGAAUGUUACCAGACACCCAGCGCCGUGACCGAGCUGGCCGAUACCGACGUGAUUGUCGUCGACGCCGACGGCGGUGCUUGGGUCCAGCACCAAGAGCACGAGAGUCAGCCCAAGAUUAAGGUACGAAAUGGCGCCUGCUUCCCAGACUGCAUCAUGGGCGAGGUCAUUGAUGCGCAGAGGGUGUUGCUGGGCUGA